AAAUUUACAUUAAAUUUCAGGCUAAGAUGUUUUACUUGAUAAUCUUAUUAAUAAUCGAAGCCAAAGGUAUAUCAGUACCACAACCAGUUGUUUUACCACCACCCUUAUCACACGUUCGUUUAAUCACCGCUAAUCAAAGAAACCCAGUAAUAUAUACUUCAUCUAAUUCAUUACAUGGGUCAAUUGUUUCUCCAAAUUUGGAAACGGCACACAGAAGAAUACCUGCAAGGAAUAUAAAUUCUCAUCUAGACUUAGAUGUAACAGAAUAUCCUAUAGUAUCUCGCCAUAUCGAUAGGAACCAUCGCAGACCUAAUCAACAAAGACCGGUUGAAUAUUAUCCCGUCCAGAAAGACAUUUAUGUUAACGACGAACAACUUCCGAACCUUAACGGCCUUCCUGCUAAUCUCAAGAAUCCUAAAUUUGAAUUUGGUUUCGUACCACUCACUUCGAUUCGCGUGUCGAAUUUCGUAUCCACUAUUAACUCGACACAUCGUAAUGACACUUUAGUACAUUCGAAAAGAAUUAUAAAUCCUCCAAAACCUUACGUCGCACCUAGUCAACCCUACGUCACACCUAGUGAACCCUACGUUGCACCUAGUCAAUCUUACAUUACGUCCAAUCAAGCGGAUAUUGUAACGACUUUAUCUGAUUUUAAUAAGACUUUUGAAUUAGACUGUGAUGGAAAAGAAGAUUUAGGAUGGUGCGAACUUGGAGAAAAUUAUCCAAGGGUUGAUAUAGAGCAUGUUAUUAGCCGAUGUUCGAAUCUGUUAACUAAACUUUACGUGGAGGUUCCAGAAACUAAUGAUGAUAAAACACCCGAAACGAUCGAUUAUCAACUAGAUUUAAUAAAUAAAAGAACUAAAGAACGAAAGAAUUAUAAUCCAUGGUCGUGGAGUUCAUAUUCUGGUGAAAAUGGAAAACUUUGCGAAGUGGAUACAAAAUAUAUUAAACCGAGUUUAUCCAAAGAUGUUAAAGGAAAAUGGUACCUGAUCGUUCAAACUGAAAACUACAUUCAGAAAGUCCAUCUAGAGACAUGCAGAAACGUAGGCGAAUCUUGUAAAAAACUAGGUAACUGCGGUUUAAAAUCGAAAUGUGUACAGAAGUAUAGCUAUCAGUUAUUGAUAAGUAUCGAUCCUCAGAAGUUUUCAGAUUGUCCUUUCAUGGGUUUAUAUCGAUUUCCAAGUUUAUGCGUUUGUCACGCCAACGAGACUUAAUAUAUACUAAAUCUAUUUUAGUAUAGAUCAAACGUUAGAAUGAUAUGGAUUGAGUAUAAAAAAAACCAACACUUUAGAAACCACAUCAUUUUUUAUGCAAAAUGUAAAAAAAAAGUGCGUUGAAUCGAUCGAUUUUUGUAUUACUCUCUCGUCAGUUUGAGUGCGGUUUAUUCAUAAAAAAUAAAUAUCUUAGUUUAUUUUGCAUAUUUCGAACUCUUAGGAUUGGUAAUAAAAUAUAUAUAUAGUUUAUUUAAAAUUAUUUUUUUAUUUAUACUACAUAGAUUCUGUUAUAUUAUAAUUCACAUCGCAUUUUUUUUCGUAUUAGUAUAUUACCCGCAUUGAUAGUCACAAAAAAACUAUUUACAUAUUAAAACAUUUUACGAGGAAGUAAAAUUUUAUGUUGAAAAAGUAUUAUCUUUCGUAUAUCAUACCCAAGAGAUUAUUUUGAAAGAAAAGUUAUUCACAUACAGAGUAUAUAUAUAUAUAUAUUUUUUUUUUAGCGUGUAACAGAUUGAUCAAAGAAAGAGCUUGCUGCUUAUUUUUAAAUUAAAAAAAAAGGAGUUUUGUUAAACAAUUUUACAUUAUAACUCAUCUUUUAAUAUUUAUAUCAUAAAUAUAAUAUAAUUAUUUUUUUUUGUAUAUAAGUUACAAUGUAAUUAUCUGAACAACACGCUUUAAAAUAAACUAUUGCUGUUUAAUAAUAAAUAAAGUAUUUUAUAACUUAUUUAUUGAUUAAAGCAUUUCUAG